AUGGAUAUGCCAGAAGUCAAGUCGUUCAACGCGGAGUUAUCCGGGUUGUACGACAAUAAGCCACCUAUAUCAAAGGCGAAGAUGAGUGCUAUUACCAGAGGUGCUAUAAAGGCUAUAAAGUUUUAUAAACAUGUAGUUCACAGUGUUGAAAAGUUCAUACAAAAAUGCAAGCCAGAAUACAAAGUGCCUGGUCUUUACGUGAUAGAUUCAAUUGUGAGACAGUCUCGACACCAGUUUGGACAAGAUAAGGAUGUGUUUGCCCCAAGGUUCGCGAAGAACAUGCAACAAACGUUCGCUAACUUGUUUAGAUGUCCUCCAGAAGAUAAGCGCAACAUUAUCAGAGUGCUUAACCUGUGGCAGAAGAACAAUGUAUUCAGUCCUCAAGUAAUCCAGCCCUUACUAGACAUGGCCGACCCUAACCAUCCUUUACAUCAAGAAAUACAGCAACAACAAAAUAACACGGCCAAUGGCAGCACCUUAAAUAUCAGUUCAUCAGAUAAUAAAAUGUCUCCUGGCCAGCACAGUCCACAGAUGUCAUCCCCAAUGGGUGGUGAUCAAUUCCAAGAUGAGCCGGAUUCUCAGCCUAAGUUCAACAGGAAACUGUUGAAUGACUUUGAGUAUGAGAGUGAGGACGACGGCCCCCCGGAUACUGGUGGGCCCAGCACUCAGAGCUCUUCGCACUCCCAUUCGCACCCUGGACCCAACACACAACAUCACUCUCAGAACACCACUGAUGCUUUGGGGAGUAUACUAACAAAUCCUGAGAUAAUGAGACAGCUACAGAGCUUGCAGGCACAAAUGCAGAUGAUGACAGGGAUGCAGAUACCAAAUUUAAUGCCCAUGAUGUCUGAUCUACAAAUGCAACACAAUCAAAACCAAGGCCUUCCAUUCAUGUCUUCACAACAAGACAACCAAAACAAGACGGAAAAUAAAGAUGAUAUGGGCAACAAUGAGUCUGAUAUUGAAUUUGUUGAGACGGGCCCUCAAGUUAUUGAAAUACCCGAUGCCAAUGAUUCUAGUCCGUCGCCAAAGUCUCGACGUCACAGGUCUCGUUCAAAAUCGCCACGACGCCGACGUCGGUCGCGGUCGAGGUCAAGGUCGCCAAGGAGAAGAAGGGACAGAGAUAGAGAAAGGGAGAGAGAAAAGGACAGGGAAAAAGAUAGAGAAAAAGGUUACAAAGAACGAGAGGCAGAAAGGGAGAAACAAAGAGAACGGGAAAAGAAAGGACUGCCACCAAUAAAGAAAGAAAAUCUUAGUGUGUGCAGCACGACGCUGUGGGUGGGGCACCUGUCGAAGCUGGCGACGCCCGAGGAGCUGUCGGACCUGUUCGGCGGCGUGGGCGGCGUGGCCAGCAUCGACGUGGUGGCGCCGCGCGGCUGCGCCUUCGUCGUCAUGGAGCGCCGCCGCGACGCCGCCAAGGCCAUCGCCAAGCUCAACAAGCACAAGCUGCACUCCAAGGAGAUCACCGUGGCGUGGGCGCCGGGCAAGGGCGUGAAGGGACGCGAGUGGAAGGACUACUGGGAGGCGGAGCUGGGCGUGUCGUACCUGCCCUGGGCCGCGCUGCACCAGCGCUGGGCGCUGGGCGCGCUGUCGCUCGACGCGCUGGAGGACGGCGGCGCCGUGGACGAGGACACGCUGCCAGCCUGGCUCCCGCCCAGGAUACUACCAAAAUCCAUGAUGGAUAACAUCACAAUGCUGACGGGUAUGCCCCCGGCGGGUCCCGGCAUGAUGGGCGGCAACCUGGCCGGCCUGCCGCCCGGCAACCUGCCGCUGCCGCCCGCGAGCCUGGCGGGCCCCCUGCCGCCCGUGAGCCUGGCGCCCAACAUGAGCCUGGCCGGCGCGUCCCUGGCGCUGCCGCCCAGCAUGCCCGCGCCCAGCGCCGCCCUGCCCCUGCCCGUGCCCAGGAUGCCGCCCCCUGGUAUGAGCGCUGGCAUGCCCCCCGGCAUGACCCCAGGCAUGCCCCCGGGCAUCAGGCCGCCCAGCAUACCUACUGGUGUACCAGGUUUACAAAAUGAUCCGGGUCUUCCUCCGCAAGGUCCUCUACUACGGUUUCCUCCAGGAAUGCCACCACAGUCCAUACCUCAACCGGGCAUGGUGGGCGGGUUCCUGAGCAGCCUGCUGGGCGUGGGCGUGGGCGUGGGCGGGCUGGUGGGCGGCGUGCCGCUGCUGCACCCCGCGCUGCACGCGCCCCGCGCCGCCCCCGCCGUCUCCGCCAGAACUGGCGAAGUAAGUCACAGUGAUGACGCUAUGGACUUGGACCCCGAAGAUCACAACGAGGAGACCAACGGUGACAUUACAAAUAAUGCGCCACCCGCACUCCUACCCGACCAGAUCCAAGCGCUGUUAUCAAAGCCUCCACCGAACUUCAACGCAUCCGAACCGCCUCCAGGCUUCAACCUUUCUGAACCUCCACCGUUCAAUGUGAACCAGCCGCCGCCAUCAACAGAAGAGAAACAGGACGAUGAGAGGAAAGACAGGGAUAGAGACAGGAGAGAGAGAGACCGCGAUAGGAGAGACAGAGGGGAUAGAGGAGAUAGAAGAGAUAGAGAUCGCAGGGAUCGAGACCGUGGCAGGGAUAGAGACAGGGGUGAUAGAGGAGAAGACAGGCGAGAUCGCGACAGGGACCGCGGACGCGACAGGAGAGACCGCGACAGAGACAGGGAUAAAGACAGAGAUCGCUUCUCAAAUCGAGGACCUGACAUCAAUAGAGAACAGAGCCGCGAGAAGUCUCCAAGGAACGCGAACCCCAACGAAAAUCCAGAAAAGAGUUUACAAGAACGUCUUUGGGAGAUGGCCAACGGCAAACCCGCCAGGGAUGAUAAGCGGGAGGAGUUUGAGCAGCCGGAGGCAAGGGAGGGGAGCAGGGAGAGGCCGCCAUUGAUCGACAGGGUACCGGCCAGGCAUGAUGGACCGCCGCCUGGUUUAGAUCCUACGGGCGGGCGGGGCGAGGGGCGGGGCGCGGGGCGGGGCGAGGACUGGCGGGGCGGGCUGCUGGCGCCGCCACUCCGACCCGAAUUGAGAAUGAGAGGACCCCCUGGACAACCAAUGCAAGGACCUUGGAUGGAUGGCCCAGGACCGGGACCGUUUGGGCCACGAUUCAAUGGCAUGGGACCACCGUUUAAUCGUCCACCUUUUGAUGGUCCACGUCCGCCGUUUGACGGAGCUCCGCUCUUUGAAGGUGGACCACGCUUUGAACGUCCUCCUUUCGGGCGGAUGCCAUUUGAUGGUAUGAACCGUCCACCUUUUGAUGGGCCUCGACCUCCGUUCGAUGGUCCUCGCCCGCCGUUUGAUGGACCGCGACCACCUUUCGACGGACCGCGACCACCUUUCGACGGCCCGCGCCCACCGUUUGAUGGCACGCGACAGUUUGACGGACCGCCUUUUGACGGAGAUCGUCCGCCUUUCGACGGACCGCCCCGAUUUGAUGGUCCUCCAGAGUUCUUCGAUAGAGGUCGGCGCUACGAGGAUCGUGACCAAUUUCCGGACAGAGGCUGGGGCGGAGAUCGUGAACGCGAUCGCGAUUGGGGCGAACGGGAACGAGGUCGCCCUGACUGGGAAGAUCGACGCCGAGAUAGGCGACCCCGAGAAAAUGACGACAGGUUUAACAGGGAUCGAAACGACAGGCGUAGACCAUUCGACGAUAACAGGACCAGGAGACAAUCGGACGCCGCGAGGCAAACGGAUACGCCCAGACAGCCGGACACCCCGAAGUCAACGGACGCUCCAAGGCAGCCGGAUACUUCUAAAAAAGGCGACGUCCCGAAAAAUACUGAUACCACAAUUCAGGAGUUGUCGAAGCAAGAUGAGCCUCCAAAAGUGGCAGAUCCUCCGAAAGAUGAAAGAAACUCCAGAAGGGAUAGAGAUAGAAAAUCGAGAUGGGGCGCGGCAGAAGAGUAUACGGAGGCUGUGGAAAGUACGGAGCGGCAAACUUCAGUUGAUAAUGAUGAUGUACAGGAACCGAUGGAGGUUCAGCAUGAAAUUGUUAAUGAUGUUAAGAGUUUUGAGAGUGAAGAGACAUUUGAGAAACCAAACGUACAACUGGAGCCUGAAGCAUUAAUGCAACACAUGCAUGAGGGCAGAAAGCCUAAUGGUGAAGAACCCACAAUCUCAGGACCUGUACAGACAGAUGUAGCCUCAAGAGAUACUCAUAAUGAGGAAAAAGAUUACGGAAGCGCUAGCAACGAGGACAUUUUUGAGAAGGAGCAAAAUGCCGAAGUAAAUUACUCGGCACCUGUAAAUAUGGAACCUGCCCCAGGACCUGUAAGAGUUGAAGCACCUGCUGACUUGUACGAUGCCGAUGAAUCUAUCGAUACAAGCUUUUCGAUACUGAAACAAAAUGAGGUGCAACCGGCACCUGUCCCAAAGGAUCCGGAGAACGUAAACGAUGCCUCAAAAGCCGUAGACAUGUUUAGCCCAGAGCGGGAACAAAGGGAUGAGAACGUACCUAUUGAGCCGAAGGCCGCUGAAAACAAAGAAGGUGUUUGA